CGGUAGUACGGUCGAUAAUUUUCCACCUCUACAAAACGGCCAUCGUAAUAGUUUCGUUUUUAAUAAAAUGUUAUGUCGGGUUUGCUUGAAAGAAGCGGAAUGCUGUUUAGAAAUAUUUGAUGCCAAUGGAGAACAACUGGGGAUUGCGGGCAUACUAGAGCGGCAUUUUUGGUUUUAUCUCCUUCCGACUGACACCAUUUCAACAGCGAUAUGUCGCUUAUGUUGGCAGAAAGUAAGUGAAUUCCAUCAGUUCUAUUUAGCAGUGGAAAAGGCACAAUUCCUUUUGAACAGGACCGACGUGAAGCACGGAGCAGUUAGCCGAGUUGAGAAUGAAGAGUUUGUCGAAAGUUCGUAUCAAAUAAAGGAAGAAGAGUGUUUGGAACAUCUACUUCAGACCGAGCAAGCUGAGGAAACACUUAAUCCUUUGGCUGUACCGGAAUGUGAGGAUUGUGCGGCAGAAAGUAAGGUCAAGGAAGAGUUAAAUGUUGAAUUAAACUUGGCAGAAGAAAUUACUCCAUGUACUGGCAAAGUCGGACAGAAACGAAAGAGUGUUCGCGGAAGGCCUCCAGGAGACAAAGAAUUCAAAACUGCGGCAGAACACGAUAACGGUGAUAAUGAAUUUGAUAAUGAUGAACAGGCAAAACCAAAACAAAAGGUUAUCAAAUCAAAUUCACAAGACGCCGCCAUUGUGAAAAAACACAUUGUCCUGGGUUGUGAUCUAUGUGCGUUUGUUGGUGAAGAUUUCUUUGCAAUAAGCAAACACUUUCGAUUACAGCAUCCUAACAUUAAAGCGUACAUACGUUGUUGUAAUAAAAAGUUUACGCAACGUUGUAGAGUUGUGCAGCACGCGUAUAAACACGAGGAUCCUCAUUUUUUUAAGUGUCAAGAAUGUCAAAGAGUAUUUUCCGAUAGUACAACUUUAAGAUCUCAUAUGAUUAGCGCGCAUGCACCUGAAGAAGAACUGAACUUUGCCUGCGACCAAUGCCCAAAAAAGUUCUCGCGUAAAUAUUUGCUAGAAUUGCACCGUCCUUCGCAUGUGCCCAAGAGCGAGCACGCAUUCGUUUGCGAUCAAUGUCCAAGUAGUCGUUUCGCUAGCAGCCGCUUGUUGAAAAUUCACAUUAGUAUGCAGCAUCGUCGGGCAAAGCGCGUUUGCCAUGUAUGUGCCAAAGAGAUACGCAGCAAAGCCGCAUUUGAAAAGCACCUACGCGUACAUAUCGGAGAUAGUGAACCCCGAAUAAAAUGUCCAAGGCCAGACUGCGAUCGCUGGCUUAAAGAUGCAGAGAAUUUACGGCAUCAUAUGAAACGGCACAGUGUCGAAGGGCAGGUACUCACAUGUAAGGAAUGUGGGCGCACUUAUAAGAACCGUCCAGCGCUUUAUAGUCACAUGUUCUAUGUGCACCCCAAAGAAGUAUUCGCAUGCAAACAAUGCAAUAAAACAUUUAAAAAGGCGAUUUCUUUGCGA